AAAGAAAGUUCUUUCCUGUUCUCUUCUCUCCUAUUUCCCGACUUGCUCCGCAGAAUCGUCUCCCCUCCUCCUUCGCCGUGCCGCCACCCUGAAGGAGCCAAAACCCUACCACCUCGAUCCGCUCCGUCGAAGGUUCUGCCAGCUCUGUAAUCAGCUCCUUCUAGCUUCUUUAGCUUGGAAAUCGACGAGAUUAAGGUCAAGAUGUUGGGCGCUAUAAGGCGAAAAUUCGCUUCUGGAGGCUCAUAUUCAUUGACAAGGUUUGCUGCAUCUAGACAGAGAGUUUCUUUCUUGAUUGAAAAUGAGGUUGUUCUUGUCCCGGGAUGUGGAUCUGCCCGCAACGUUUACCGCCUUGCUUUUCUUGGACGCACGUUCAGUUUAAGCCCAAUGAGGGUACUUGCUUCCAAUGUCCAAGCUGAGGCAUCCUUGCAAAAAUGGAGACUAUUUUCAUCUGAAAGUGGGGAUCUGGUUGAUGCUGUUGUCCCUUUAAUGGCGGAGUCUAUCACCGAUGGAACUCUGGCGAAUUUCUUGAAAAAGCCUGGUGAUCGGGUUGAAGCUGAUGAGGCUAUUGCUCAGAUAGAAACAGAUAAGGUCACAAUUGAUGUUGCAAGUCCAGCAGCAGGAGUAAUCCAAAAGUUUGUAGCAAAGGAAGGGGAGACCGUAGAACCAGGAACCAAGAUUGCUGUCAUAUCGAAAUCUGGUGAAGGGGUUCCUCCACCAGAGAAGGUGGCUGAGAAAGCUGCUCCUGAGCCAUCUCCUCCUGCUGAAGAGAAGCAAAUACCGAAAGCUGAAUCCGCUCCUGCUGUGGAAAAGCCUAAGACACCCUCUCCUCCUCCUCCUCCUCCUCCUCCUCCUAAGCGAUCUGCCACUGAACCCCAACUCCCCCCAAAGGAUAGGGAAAGACGUAUUCCCAUGACAAGGCUUCGUAAGCGGGUUGCCACAAGAUUGAAGGACUCGCAAAACACAUUUGCUAUGUUGACUACAUUUAAUGAAGUUGAUAUGACUAACUUGAUGAAGCUUCGCUCGGAAUACAAGGAUGCCUUUUUGGAGAAGCAUGGGGUGAAGUUGGGACUCAUGUCAGGAUUUGUGAAAGCAGCAGUGAGUGGGCUUCAGAAUCAGCCGAUUAUAAAUGCAGUAAUUGAUGGUGAUGACAUCAUAUACAGGGAUUACAUAGAUAUAAGUAUAGCCGUUGGGACUCCUAAGGGUCUUGUUGUUCCAGUUAUUCGCAAUGCAGAGAAAAUGAAUUUUGCUGAUAUUGAGAAGGAGAUCAACACACUUGCUAAGAAGGCAAAUGAUGGGUCCAUAUCAAUUGAUGAAAUGGCGGGAGGCACAUUCACGAUAUCUAAUGGUGGUGUUUACGGAAGCCUCUUGAGUACUCCUAUCAUCAAUCCGCCCCAGUCGGCAAUUCUCGGGAUGCACUCGAUCGUGAGCCGCCCAAUGGUUGUUGGGGGGAAUAUCGUUCCAAGGCCAAUGAUGUACAUUGCCCUGACCUAUGACCACCGGCUGAUUGAUGGAAGAGAGGCGGUCUUCUUCUUGCGCCGCAUCAAAGAUGUCGUGGAGGAUCCCCGCAGGCUGCUCCUUGACAUAUGAAGGCCCCACUGCAGAAGCUUCUCUGCUCAGUAAAUGGGUGAAUCAUAGUCUUCUCUUUAGAAUAUAUACUUCAACUGGUUAUUGCUCAUCAGAUAGCAAUAAUCUCUUAAAAGAUACUCGGAUAUUUUUGUCCCUCUCUCGUGGAAUGAGUCAGUACAAUUGCGGCUUGUUUGUUCGUUUUUCAUUUUGUUGCUCAUACAGAUUUCGCCUUUUAGUGAAGCGAAUACGGGAAAGACCUGCAUACUUCAUAGUUGAUUGGUUUUUCUUUUAAUUGAAUCAUAUGGAUUUCCUGUUAGUA